AUGUGUAGUCAGGUGAAUAUGAUAUUUGUGCAUGAUGUUACUCUGUGUGUACAUCCACACCGGACAAGCUGAAAAGUUUGCUUGGCCACGGUGGCCAACCCUAACCCAACUCUAACCCUUACCCAACCCUAACCCACCGUGGCCAAGCAAACUUUUCAGCUUGUCCGGUGUGGAUGCACACUCAGACUAACAUCACAAACAUAAUAUAAGACGCAUUAGAACUACCUUACUAAAGAAACGACCGAGACACUCAUACAUGCUUUUAUUAUAUGCAUUAAACGAUGUUUAUUAUAUCCCGAGGCCAAAACUUCUUAAGGCGUACUCUUUAAUUUUAAACAUCUUUUACUGAUAAUUACCUCUGUUUGCUAUUCGUAGAUGCGUCGUUGUCGAAUCACUAUUUUGCUUGUAAUUACGGCAUAUGGUAUUUUUGAUUGCGUUAGCGACUGGCAGCUUUAUUUUGAGAGAAAUGAGCAGGUACGGAGUCAUUCUAUACUAGACUAUUUUUCAUGCAAUAAGAUUUUGUGGCACGGGUCAAUUGUAGGUAAUAAUUUCGAGUGGAAAUCAUACACAUGUCGAAAUCAAAACCACGAAAAGUUGACAAAAAUUCUGCAACUUUAAAGUCCUCUGGCUGUACUACACACGCAAAAAUCUCACAUCUUGUAGCAAGUCUGCCAACAAGCCGUCAACAAGUUGUCUUUGCACUGCUUGUCCCAAGUUGUCAACAACUUUGGAACAAACUGUUAACAACUUGUAACAAGCUUGUUGAUAUUAUCAGACUUGUUGCAAGGUUGUUCCAACAAGUCCGAUACAGUCAUGAUAUAACAUUGUUACAACGUUGUGUCAUCACCUUGUAACAUUCCUUUGUAUUUCAAAUUAUUAACCAUCAGUAUAAACAAUUGUAACCCUAUCUUUUAUGAAUCCGUUCUGAAUAUAGAAAAUAAUAAUUUACGAAAUAAUUAGUUGUUCUUUAUGUAAUUUUACUUUAUAUCUUGUCAUUUAAGAUUGAAAAUAUCUGUAAAAAAACAAGGGAGACGGAAAUUCGCGAUAGUACACAAAUGGCACUCACCGCCAUGUUCGUGUUUGUCAUUUUUGGAACAAUACUAGUCGUUUUUGAAGCGGCAAAUUCAGUGCUAACUGUGCGUGAGCAACCGAUCAUGCAUCCAGUAAUUCUGUCUAUUGUCGUAUGUGUGCUCGAAGAGUUGCCAUUAGCUGGUCUUCGCUGGAAUCUCAAAACGUCUGCUAACAAUAAAAUGGCGGAUGGUUGGGGUAUUACGUCCGGCAUUUUGGGUAUUACAGCUCCCCUGCUAGGUCCUAUGGUAAAGUGUUGUAAGAAGUCAGGUUACUGUAGUGCGGAUGAAGAGAAAACUUGCUGCGACGAGCUGUGCUCUGGAGGAUGCGGAAUAUGCGAUGUGUGUUUGCUUUUCUUCAUGGCUAUUGGUACUGUAGUUAUCAACAGUUUUAACUGGGCAGGUGUUAAAGCACCUGGUGCUGAAUUGUGCGUCUAA